UUAAUAAAAUGUUUAACAAAAUAACUUUGAAAAAAUGACAAUUGCUCAUUAGUAAUUUAAACAGCUGGUUGAUAAGACGUAAAAAAAUGACAACAAAGAAAAUAUUGUGUACUUUUUUAAUAACUUGGUGUUUAACACAAUGCUGCCUAGCAAGACCCUCUUCUAGCAAUGAGGACUAUUUGAAAAAUCAUGAUUUAUGUCAUCAACAACACCAAUAUGCUGUCAUGGCACCAGCUGAAAACGACAGCAAAUUACCGGCCUCUGUGCAAUUGCUUAAAAUUACUUUAUAUGCCCUGCAGGAUAUAACCCUGACCUAUGCGAUCAAAGCCAAAACAGUAAGUGAACACAUGCUGAAAGAUCAUGCACUCAAAGAAAACCAUUCGAACGAGGUAGAGGAAUUCCUCAAAAAAAUUCAACAAUUCCUUGAGAAAUAUUCCACAUGCAAUGAUAUGCAAGAAUUAUUCAAAUUAGUGGAAUUCUAUUCGACAUUCACUUCGGACUAUUACGAAAUGGAAGAGGAGAAAACUUUAAGUUCUGAUGCUCAAAUUAUACUAGAUGUUCUCAAGAAAUAUGGUUCCCAAGAUAUGGACGAUGAAUUUGAAAAGUCUUUCAAUGAGUUUGUUACUAAUUUCUCUAAGAAAUUCAAUGAGUUGGAAAAUCAUUUGAAAAGUGAAAAAGGAACUGAUAAGAUUGUACAGUGGUGGUAUAGAGCCAAAAACCUGAAGACCUAUGAUGAAAAAAUGGAUGCAUUUGCUGAAUUUGUAAAAUUUUAUGAAGAUAAUUAAGCGUUAGCAAAAAAAGUGAAGUGUUAAAGAAAAAAAUAAAAUUUUUAUAAAAAAAUUUAAA